CUCUGAGGAUUCAUUAGGAAGCACACAGGAAGAGAACAAGACACCAACUGCAAUUAAAACAUACCCUUCACUGGGGAAGAGGUGUAUGAACUAACACAGCCUCUCAAGCAAAGUUGGCUGAAUAGAGAUGGGCUGGAACAGCAGUACUUCCAUUGGUUUUGUGUUCAUCCUGGCUUUUCUAUCCAUUUUGAAAACAGCAGGUUUCUGGAACAACAGCACUUCCAUUGUUUUAGUGUCGAUUGUGGCUUUUCUCUCCAUUUUGAAAACAGCAGGUUUCUGGAGCAACCAAAGACAGAAUUUUCCUCCAGGUCCAAGACCAUUACCUGUAAUUGGAAACCUUCUUUUGUUUGACUUGAAGAGACCCUACAGGACUUAUCAACAGCUGUCCAAAAAAUAUGGUCCAGUCUUCAGUGUUCAGAUGGGGCACAGGAAAGUUGUAGUGAUUUCUGGCUAUGAGACAGUGAAGGAAGCUCUCGUAAACCAGGCAGAUGCAUUUGCAGAGAGACCCAAAAUCCCAGUCUUUGAAGAUUUGACCAAAGGAAAUGGGGUUGUUUUUGCUCAUGGUGAAAACUGGAAGGUGAUGAGGAGAUUUACCCUCACAGCCUUACGAGACUUUGGGAUGGGCAAAAAGGCCAUCGAGGAUCGAAUUGUGGAGGAGUACGGGCACCUGGCAGACACCAUCGCCUCACAGGAAGGAAAUCCCAUUGAUGUCAGCAAAAUAAUUAAUGCAGCAGUUGCUAAUAUAAUUGUGUCAAUAUUGCUUGGAAAACGAUUUGACUACAAAGACUCCAGAUUUGUGAGACUUCAAAAUCUGACCAAUGAAAGCAUGAGACUUGCUGGGAAACCUUUGGUUACGAUAUACAAUAUCUUCCCAUACCUUGGAUUCCUCCUAAGGGCUAACAAGGCUCUCCUUCGAAACAGAGAUGAAUUCCAUGCUUUUGUACGAGUUACUUUUGUAGAGCACCUCAAAAACCUGGACAAAAAUGACCAAAGAAGUUUUAUUGAUGCUUUCCUGGUUAAACAGCAGGAGGAGAAAUCCGCUACCAAUGGGUAUUUCCAUAAUGGCAACUUGCUAAGCUUGGUCAGCAACUUGUUUACUGCUGGUGUUGAGACAAUUUCCACCACACUAAACUGGGGCUUUCUGCUGAUGCUAAAGUACCCUGAAAUCCAGAAAAAGGUCCAAGAAGAGAUAGAGCAAGUGAUAGGGUCCAACCCCCCACGGAUCGAGCACCGAGCUCAGAUGCCAUACACAGAUGCUGUCAUCCAUGAAAUUCAGAGGUUUGCCAAUAUCCUGCCACUGGAUUUGCCUCAUGAGACUGCUGCAGAUGUCACCCUCAAAGGCUAUUUCAUUCCCAAGGGAACCUACAUCAUCCCUUUACUGACCUCAGUCCUGAAAGACCAGUCACAGUGGGAGAAACCAGACAUGUUCUACCCUGAGCACUUCCUUGACGCCAAUGGGAAAUUUGUGAAGAGAGACGCUUUCAUGCCUUUUUCAGCAGGGCGGAGGAUCUGUGCUGGGGAGACUCUUGCCAAAAUGGAGCUCUUCCUCUUCUUCACCAGUCUCCUGCAGAGGUUCCACUUCCACCCUCCACCUGGAGUUUCCAACUCAGACCUGGACCUCAGCCCUGCCAUUUCAUUUAAUGUCAUCCCCAAACCCUACAAAAUGUGUGCUGUACCACGUUCCUAGAGCUCUAAAGCCAUUGUGUUUCUAAAACGUUUAAAUCAUUUUUCCAU